AUGGCACUGUCAGCAUUUGUCUUGUUCUUGGUGCUCGCGGCCAUGGCCGCAUACAACUAUGACGAGCUCUUCCACCUAGUUGGAAGUGUUGUGGUCGGAGCCACCGUGUUGGUGGUGGGGACAUGCUAUUUUAGCAGUCCCCGUGCAUGGCUCUUUCGUCUGCUGCAAGCAGCAGCAGCAGCAGCGUUGUUGGCCGAAGCCUCGGUGGUUGUGGCCGAAGCCACCGAGGCUUCGGCCAAAGAAAUUACUCAGAUGAGAGCGCAGAUGGGGCUUUUGGAGCAGCAGCUCCGUGGCACGGAGGCACGAGUUCGUGAUUCCGAGAUACACCGGGAGACUGAGAAGAAACGCCACGAAAGGAAGGUCCGAGACCUGGACGCUCAACUGGCGACAGUCUCCCGGCGUAUCAAGGAAUCCCUGCUCGCGAAGGAUCGGGCCCUCGUCGAGUGCCGCCAGUGGCGGCGCAAGUUCGAGGACCUGGAACACCUACAGCAGCAGGCCCAGGAAAAUCCCGUUCGCGGGAAGGGACGUCCUCGUUGGGCCCCGGCCAAAAAAUACGGAGUUCGGAAGGUGGAACGUGGUCGGCCGGACAAGAAAUUGACUGCCGUUGCGCAGGUGGCGAUUGUCAAUGCGGCGUGGGAGUCGAAGCAGGUCAGGUUCGAGAGCGAGGCCCGAGACUAUGUGGCCCGCACAUCUGACCAGCUUCGGUCUCUCCGCGCCGCCGUCACCGCGCUCAGCGAGGAGAACGCAUCCCUCCUCCGCAAGCAGCAGACCCAGGCGACUCACGGCAUCCCCCAUGAGCUGGCCCAGCAGCAAGUGAAGGAUGCCGUGAGGAGCACAAUGGAGUUUGCUGACAAGGAGCAUAGGGAGCGUGUCAAUUCGCUGGAGCAGACUCACCGAGAGGAGCUGAUGGCAGCCAAGGCCGGCUACGAGGGGGAAUUGGCGAAGGCAACAGCGGCACUCAAUGAAGCAAAGGCAUCCGCAGUGCCGGUCCAGCAGCUUCAGACGAUCAAGGGCGAGCUGGCCGCCAAGGAAGUGGAGCUGGACCAGCUGCGGACUGCCUAUGCCAAGACUGCCGCUGACCUACAGGUCGAGAAGGAAGCACACGGAAGGCUUGACGGCGAGAUGGAGGUGGGAACGAGAGACUACGUCAAGUGUGUGCAGCAGAGGGACGGCUAUUUAAGAGCCCACAACAAGUUACAAGACCGGUACGACAAGUUACAGUGCCGGUACGACGAUGUUGUGGGGGAGAAGGAGAAGGAGGUUAAGGGCCUGGACGAAGCAGCUACCUACCUCGCCGACGAAGGAGAGAAGUUACGGCGGCAGGUCGAAAAAUUGAAGAAGGUGGUCAAAGAAAAGGAAGACGACAACCGAGUUCUGCUGAAGCAUAAUACAGAGCUACUUUGCAGCUCUGUUGUAUCGAACAUCGAACUCCAGCAGACUCGGGGCAGAGUGGGCAACCUUGAGCGCCAGGUGGCGGAUUUCGAGGCUGCAGACAUCACCGAGGCCCAUGUCCCAUUGAUCACUCACACUCUUCUUAUGAAUUCUUCACGAUACCGCUCAUUUGCCGCUCGGCCAUUGAUGCUGAGUCUGGCCAAGCUUCUUCUAGUCGCCAUAUCACAAGUUCCUUUCACCACUGCUGCGCCUCUCUUCUCACCACUUUUUCUCUCAUCCCGCGACACAGAACCACCAAAGGAACCGAGCGAUCCGAGUUUAUGGCUUUACUUGGGAUUUUCAGCUGCCCUUGUUUUGAGCGGGGGAGCAUUUGCGGGUCUUACGAUUGCCUUGAUGGGACAGGAUGAAGUUUAUCUCCAAGUCAUCAAGACAUCCGGCGAAGGGCACGAAAGGAAAAACGCUACUAGCGUUCUCAAUCUCUUGAACCACGGAAAGCAUUGGGUUCUUGUCACCCUCCUCCUUAGUAAUGUUAUCACAAACGAAACCUUACCCAUCGUCCUUGACCGAACACUCGGUGGUGGUUGGCCGGCGGUGCUAGGAAGCACUGCUUUGAUUGUCAUCUUCGGCGAGAUUGUUCCACAGUCCAUUUGCGUUCGUUACGGUCUUCCCAUCGGUGCCUGGAUGGCACCUUGCGUCUUGGUCUUGAUGUAUAUCAUGUCCCCAGUCGCCUGGCCAAUCGCAAAAUUGCUGGAUAGGCUCCUCGGAGAGGACCAUGGUACCAUCUACAAAAAGGCCGGAUUGAAAACGCUCGUCACACUCCACAAGACCUUGGGCGAAGCCGGAGAGCAACUCAACUCUGAUGAAGUGACCAUUAUCAGUGCAGUUCUCGACCUCAAAGAGAAGUCGGUCGGCAGCAUCAUGACACCAAUGGAAGAUGUCUUCACUAUGUCUGCCGACACUGUCUUGGACGAACGCACGAUGGACCACAUUCUUUUCCCAAGGAUAUUCCCGCAUUCCCAUCCACGCUCCUGA